AUGUCAAAAGAAAAGAUUAUUCUAAAUAUCGGAGGGAAGAAGUAUGAGACUCUUCGAUCAACUUUCACUGCUCAACCGAAAACUUUGCUCGGAAAAAUAUUUCAAAAUAAAAAUGAGUAUAUGAAAUAUUUGAUUAAUGAAAAUGAAUACUUUUUUGAUCGUAAUGGUGAAAUGUUUUAUUAUAUAUUGGAAUUCUUUCGAACUGGAAAACUUUUAUGCCCUAAUGGAUCUUAUAAAAAACUUGAAGAGGAACUUGACUAUUUUCAAAUUCCUUUUAAUAAAUCGGAGCUGGCUUCAGAAGUUGCUACAAAUACGGUUGAUAGAUUCAUUUCGUUCCUAGAAAAAUUAAUUAUUAUUCAUUGUGAAAAUUUCCUUGAAAAAAUUAUUUUAAAAGUUGGAGAGUCGAACAUUUCUAUAAGUAAUCAACGGUUUCAACCAUUAUUUUCAAAUGAUCGCUACUUUCCUUUUGAAAAAUAUGCUUUUAAUAUCCUGAAUAAGAUAGAAAAACUGAUUGGUGAACAUUUAGUUAAAACUUUUUCCGAAUUAGAGUUAAAGUGGAACUGUGUGCGAAAUAACAAUCUUCCAUCAUUUACUUUUGAUAUCAUUAUAUCUUUUUCGAUUAAAAAACUCUUUCAACUCAAAAUUACACAAACAUACAUCACACCUCACCCACCUUUAGAUAGCAUUUUAGAGGAAAAGAUUAUUUUAAAUGUUGGAGGCAAAAAGUACGAAACUCUUCGAUCAAUUCUCACUGCUCAACCAGAGACUCUACUUGGAGUAAUGUUUCAAGAUCGAAAUAAAUGCUUGAGUCAUCCAAUUAAUGGAAAUGAAUAUUUCAUUGAUCGUAAUAGUGAAAUAUUUGACUAUAUAAUUGAAUAUUAUCGAACUGGAAAAAUUUUAUGGCCUAUUGAAUUUGAAAAAUCAUCAAAAAUUACUUCUAAACAACUUGAAGAAGAACUUGACUAUUUUCAAAUUCCUUUUAAUAGAUCAACUAUAUUUUGUUCAUUGGCUUUAGAAAGUUCUAUAAGCACUUUUAAACGACUUAUUGUGGCUUUUGAAGAAUUGGUUAUUCAUUGCUGUGAAAAUUUUAGGAACAAAAUUUCGGUAUAUAUUAGACCUGGAAAGAUUAAUGUAGAUAAUAAUAAAGAAUCUUCAUUUUUAAUUAAUUCUUUUAAAAUGAAUGCUUUUACUAUCUUAACUAAGACAGAAAAGCAAAUUGGUGAUCAUUUAUCAAAGACUUUUUGUAAAUUAAAGCUGAAAUGGAAAUGUGAACUUCGAAAAGAUUUAUCUAAUAACGAUUAUUCACAUGGAAAAAAUAAAAGUCGUUAUUUAUAUAUUUGUAUUUCUUUUUCAAUUGAAAAAGGUUUAAAAUUUUAA